ACUUUGAAAAAUAAUGAAGAAAGUUGACUGUAUAAAAGGAAUUAGUGAGCAUGGACAAAAGAAAAAGAAGGGAGAAAAAGAAAGAAAAAGGGAAAUGGAGGAGGUUGAGAAAUCCCCAAUUUCCACGGAAGAAGAAGACGCUGAAAUGAGGGAAGGAGACGUUGUUGAAAACCCAAAAACCAGUUCGAAAUCCAGUAGCGAUUCGGAGUCAAGCGAUUCGGAAGACGAAGCGGAGCAGAUUGAGCAGCUUCAAACCCUAGAAUCUGAGCUCUCCACCAAUCCCUCCAACUACGACGCUCAUGUCCAGUACAUAAAGCUUUUGAGGAAGAGGGGUGAAAUAGAGAAGCUACGAGAAGCAAGGGAGAACAUGAAUGCACUGUUUCCAUUGAGUCCUUCAAUGUGGGUGGAAUGGGCCAAAGACGAAGCUUCUCUUUCGGAUGAUUCCGGUUUUGAGGCAGUCGAGAAGCUUUACGAGAAAGGCAUCUCCGAGUAUCUCUCUGUCUCCCUUUGGUGUGAGUACCUGAAUUAUGUGCAAGAACAUGAUCCAAAAGUACGUCAAUGUUCAGCUGAUGGGAUUUCAAAGGCAAGGAAUCUGUUUGAGCGUGCUGUUACUGCUGCUGCUUUGCAUGUUGCUCAAGGCUUUCGAAUAUGGGAUGCCUACACCCAAUUUGAGCAAGCUAUUUUACUAACUAUUGACCACUCCGACAUUCAGGCUAAAGAGAAACAGGUCCAGCGCGUACGAAGUAUAUUCCACCGUCAUUUGUCCAUUCCUCUUGCUAACUUGAGGUCUACCCUUUUUGCCUACAAGGCUUGGGAGGUGGAGCAAGGAAAUGCUCUUGAUUCUGAGUCUGACACUGUGGAUGGGAUUUCAUCCCAUGUUGCUUCAGCUUACCAAAAGGCAGAGGAGAUGUACAAUGCCCGCGCUCAUCAUGAAGAACAGAUCACUAGACAGGAUAUAUCUGAGUCAGAGAGAUUUCAACAUUUCAUGAGUUACUUAGAAUAUGAACAAUCCUUUGGUGAUCCAGCCCGAGUCCAAAUUCUGUAUGAACGUGCCAUAACUGACUUUCCUGACUUAUGCCAUGCUUGGUUGCGCUUUGAGAGGGAAUUUGGAACACUGGAAGAUCUCGACCAUGCUUUGCAAAAGGUUACCCCUCGUCUUAAGGAGCUGCAAUUGUUUAGGUUACAGCAGGAAUCUAAAUCUGUCAUUGAAGCAACAGAUCAAAGAGAGCAGACCUCUCAGAAAACUGCACGUGAAAAGAGGAAAUCAGGUUCAAGUGCAAUUGAUGAACAGUCUCCAGCUAAGCGGCAGAAAAAUACUUCUCAAUAUCAGAAGAAAUUGCAUGAGAAAGAGAACACACAGGGGAAGAAUGUAGCUGAAGCAAAUGAUGGGGAAGAGAAAAAAGGCAAGGUUGACAAACAAGUAAAUGAGCAGCAGAUGAAAGACACUGAUCCUGGUAAAACCAGAUUAUAUACAGAUCAGUGCACUGUAUUUAUAUCAAAUCUUGACUAUAAGGCAAAAUAUGAAGAUCUACGUCAAUUCUUUAGUGAUGUCGGUGGGAUCACUUCAAUGCGAAUUCUGCAUGACAGAUUCACUGGAAAAUCAAGGGGACUGGCAUAUGUGGAUUUUGUGGAUGAUGAACACCUUGCUGCAGCUGUAAUGAAGAAUAAGCAAAUGUUGCAUGGGAAGAAGUUGAGCAUUGCACGGUCAAAUCCUAAGCAACGUAAGAAGGAAUCUUUUGUUCUUAAUGCACCUGGUGGACAUGUAGAUGCUAGCAGCAACCGAAGUGGAAUUGAUGGGAGUUCUGCAUCUAAAGAAUCUGUUGAAAGCCCAAAGGGAUCUAGGGUACCACAAUCUACUGCUAGCAAGCGUGUUGAGAACUUCCAGCUUAAGGGGAAGAACACCUUUGCGGUUCCAAGAAAUGUUAGACCACUCGGAUGGACUAGUAACAAACCAGAAACCAGGGAAGAGGGAGAUGAGAAGCCAAAAUCAAAUGAUGAGUUCAGAAAAAUGUUCAUGAAAACCUGAGGUUCAUUCUCAAAGUUACUGAUUAAGAGCAUGCUCAAAAUAUUAUCCUUGUACAAAUAUUACUAGCAAAAUACCAAUUGUGUGAUAAAUUAGUUGUGGUUUGUAGUAACUCAUUGCCGCUAAGCCUUCUUUAUGGCAUAUAAAAUUGCUCCAAGUACAUUUGGUUCACAA